AUGUCCCCCAACACGUUCCAUCUUUUCUCAGAGCUCCCGUGUGAGCUCCGGCUCCAAAUCUGGGAGUCAGCAAUCAAGAAACGGACGACACAUAUUUAUGACUAUUCAACAUGGAACUGGGACAGUGUUGGCCUAGAAAGUCUGGUGCCACAGGCUCAGAAGAAGCAAUCCUACGGCAUAAACUACGUGAGAUUUGUCAAUACGGGCGAUUUCAUUCCUCUGGACUGCAGUUGGAAUAAACCUCAUCCCACUAAUCGGUCUGCUUAUCUCUGGCACGCCGGUCUGUGGAUGGCCUGCAAAGAGUCUCCUGAGGUCAUGCGAAAGUACUGGCUCAACGACUCAUUCUACAAAGAGAAUCCCGACUAUUGGCCCCUUGCUCUAUUCAAGCUCCCCUUUGACCGCAGCGAAUCUAACAUUCAUGAAUAUGCUGUCGAGUUUGACCCAGCUUGGACGUCUGAACUGGCUGGGCUCGAAAAGUACCGACCGACGGACCGCUUAUUACCCACUUUAGCGUUCGCCAUUAGAAUCUUUUGCGAAAUAGCAACUCAGGAAAUGAUUCUACCGCGGUUCAUUUAUCUUAUCGAUAAAUACUCUGGCUGGAAGAGCGUUAGCAACGCCGAGAAACACUCGGUAUAUUACGAUUGCGAAUAUGAGUAUAUCCGAAUCGAGCCGAGCGAUUCUUUGGCCACAAAUCGUCUUGUCCGACACACUCCCAUGCUCAGGUUCUUGGAUCAGGUUGACCGGCUUCUUAAGCACAGAUUGACUUGGAAACGAAAGACAUCCCCUCGGGGGUGGGGUCAUUACGAGCUUCCGCCGGAUGGGUUGUCUGUGCGGAAAUUGGUUCGGGUCAUGGCCAGGCGUGAUAAGGAGGUGGUGCUCAAGAUCACAAGAGGCAAUGCUAUGCAGCCCAGGAUGAAGAAGGCUGCCUCGGUAACUUCGUCACAUGAAUCAACCGUAGAGGGGAAGGCCAGCUGUACGAUGGCGGUGGUAGUUUAG